AACCCUUUCACCACCCGGAGGGGUGGGCAUCGUUACCUCUUUCUGUGGGUGAGAAGACCAAGGCCCAGGGUAGUUCGGUUCAGACUCAAGGUCGCACAGCCAGGAAAUCAAGUUUGAAUUGGGACCCAGGUCUGUGGGAAAUCCAGAGUCGCCCCCUUUCCCCUACCUACAAGCGCUCCCGCGCCCCCCAGUCUAGAAGCCAGUGCUUCCCCCGACUUCCCACCCCUCCCCUCCCUCCCUUUCUAUUCCCCAAACGCCGCCUGGGCCAAGGCCGCGCGCACCGGGGCUGGGCCGGACCUCUUUAUCUUACUGGGGCGUGUUCUCCUCAGCUCGCCGCACGGAUCUGCCACUGGAGUGCCCCUAGGACCUGCGGGUUCGCCCCGGACUCCAGCCGGCAGAGCGCGGACGGGGAAAGCGCCCAGGCACCGGUGGGGCGGGUGCGCUGGAGAGCGGGGAGCGUGGAGGCGCGUGGGCGGGAGCGCGGGCCCCCGGGAGCCGCCCGGGACCCACGCAGCGCUCGCCCGUGCCUGCCGCUCCCGGCCCCCGCCCCCUCGGUGGUGGCUAGCUCUUCGCUUCUCCGGCUCGGAACCCGACACAGUCUCCGCGGCUUCCCGGCGCCGCCGCGCGCUGCGGGCUCCCAGAAACCGCCCCGCGGGCUCCGGCUGCUUCCUGUCCCCAGCGCCGGCACUGAAGGGGCGCAACGCGGCCACCAACCCGGAGGCGCUUGAGGCGAGAGGGGUCCCCGCGCGAGCUGGGGCCCCGGCGCAGCUCACGGUGAGCGUCCCCCAGGGCUUGAGGAUCCCGUAGCCACGGGUACCCUCGCGCUACCCCCGGGUGCCCGAUGGGGCCGCCCGGGGGGCACGGGGCUGAAGUUGGGAGCGCACGCAGCUCACCCCCGCUGCGGAGUCCGACAUGCUGCUGCCGGGGCGCAACGGCACCGAGUGGUUCGGGCAGCAGCAGCCAGCUCCGGGAGGCGCCCUGGGGGGCUCGGAGGAGGCGGCACCACUGAGGCCCGCGCAGGUGGUCACCGCCUGCCUCUUGACCCUGCUCAUCAUCUGGACCCUGCUGGGCAACGUGCUGGUGUGCGCGGCCGUCGUGCGCAGCCGCCACUUGCGCGCCAGGAUGACCAACGUUUUCAUCGUGUCUCUGGCGGUGUCCGACCUCUUCGUAGCGCUGCUGGUCAUGCCCUGGAAGGCUGUCGCUGAGGUGGCCGGUCACUGGCCCUUUGGGGCCUUCUGCGACGUCUGGGUGGCCUUCGACAUCAUGUGCUCCACCGCCUCCAUCCUGAACCUGUGCGUCAUCAGCGUGGACCGCUACUGGGCCAUCUCGAGGCCCUUCCACUACCAGCGCAAAAUGACCCAGCGCGUGGCCUUGGUCAUGGUCGGCCUGGUCUGGACCCUGUCCGUCCUCAUCUCCUUCAUCCCAGUCCAGCUCCAUUGGCACAGGGACAAGACAGGCUCCUGGGGCGAGGUGGACCCGCCGCCCACCCUGGCCAAUGGGACGCCCUGGGAGGAGGCGGGGGAGCCGGAGGUGCAGGCAGAGAACUGUGACUCCAGCCUGAACCGGACCUACGCCAUCGCCUCCUCGCUCAUCAGCUUCUACAUCCCCGUGGCCAUCAUGAUCGCGACCUACACGCGCAUCUACCGCAUCGCCCGCAUGCAGAUCCGCAGGAUUUCCUCCCUGGAGAGGGCCGCGGAGCAUGCGCGGAACUGCCGGAGCCCCGCGGUCCCUACGCCCGGUGCCAGCCUGCGGGUAUCGAUCAACGCGGAGACCAAGGUCCUUAAGACCCUGUCGGUGAUCAUGGGGGUCUUCGUGUGCUGCUGGCUGCCCUUCUUCAUCCUGAACUGCCUGGUCCCCUUCUGCAGCGCACACAAGGGGGGCCCUGGGAGGAGGUUCCCCUGCGUCAGCGAGACCACCUUCGACGUCUUCGUCUGGUUCGGCUGGGCCAACUCCUCCCUCAACCCCAUCAUCUACGCCUUCAACGCUGACUUCCGGAAGGUGUUCGCCCAGCUCCUGGGGUGCGGCCGCCUCUGCUCCCGAACCCAGGUGGAGACGGUGAACCUCAGCAUGGAGUUCAUCUCCUCCAACCAGGACACUGUCCCCCACGAGGAGAGGGCGGCUGCCCACAGCCACAUGAUCCCCAACGCGGUGACCCUGGGGGACAGGGAGGUGGACGAGGUGGAGGGGGGCCCUCUGGAUCGCCUGGCCCAGAUCUCCAGGGCGCCCCCGGAUGGUGACCCUGCCGCCAGGUCUGCCUGGGAGCUGGACUGCACGGGGGAGAUUUCAUUAGGCAAGACAAUGCCUUUCACCCCGAGUGGAUCCCAUUAAACAACGUAAGACAUGCCCUUCGUGGAUCUACAGAACCGCACAGACCGAAAGGAGCAUGCGGAACACGGCCGUGGCCGGGCGGCGCGGCUGGUUAGAGCGCCGUCCUGUGGGCCAGGGUUGCAGGCCCCAUUCCGGUCAGGGCACGCGCGGGAAACAGCCAACGAAUGCAUUGUAUUCGGAGCAACACAGCGAUGUUUCUCUCUCUCUCUCUCUCUCUCUCAAGUCAAUUAAAGAAACUGUUAAAAAAAAGGAGCAUGUGGAGCACACGCACUCGCGUGUGCCGUGUUGCUCAUCUCCCCCCCCCCACCCCCCCGGGUGUCGGUUGGAGCCUCUGUGCUCAGGAGGCUCCCCCACUCGGUGUGCGGCUGCAGGAACCGGCAGGCGCCGUUGUUGCGAACUCAGUCGCACGCACCUCCGCCUGCCAGCUGCGGACCAAUGGUCCUUUCAGAGGUACUGUUUGGGUCUUAAAAAGAAAAAGAAGGAAAAGUGGGACUCGGCCUUUACAAACUAUACUCCGCCCUCCCCUUUUAGGCGAACGGAUGGCUUUUCCGGCAGCGGGCUCCGCGUGCGCGUGCUGUGCUGAUGGGGCGGGUGGCCCUCCCCUCCCUCGCGCCCUGCGGCCGGAGUGCACGCAGCAUCUGCUCUGCGUGCCUCACCCACAGCCGAGGAACCUUCCUGACCCGCUCUGGGUGCAAUAAACACCAACUGUGCGUGCGAUGGGCUGAUGACCUCUGCUUUGGCCAGGCCGGCUUGGAGGCUGGCUGCCGGAGGAAUCACGAAGCGUGAUCCUUCCGAAGCUGGGAAGGUGUCCCGGAAACACACGCUGGUUUUCCUUACAGACAGCUCGGCCCUUAAGGCGCCCUCGGGGCCGAGGGACCUCGGAGAGCUUUCGAUGUCUCGGAAUGUUUCUUUAUGAGACGCAUACAUCUCGAGUCUCUGCUGAAAGCAGCUUCAGGGCCGUGGCGCGUCAACUGUGGACGUGGCAAGGCUGGGCUUCUCAUGCUUUUUUUUUUUUUCUUUCUUUCUGGGUUGGCAGCUUCUUUUUAAAAUGAUACAGCGCAGAACCAUUCUUCGAUUCCCACGCAGUUUCCGUCAGUUCCGUGAGAAGAUGGUCUGGAACGAUAACCAGACCUUUCUCCACCUCGUCUGCCGUGUUGUGGAGUUACGUGGCUUUUGAUUAACCACGCUUCCCGAAGGACUUUGACGUGUGUGUGCUGAUAAGCUUUAGGCAACAAAACCCGUUUUUUUUUUAUACGGGAGCUUUUAUUUGUAGACAACAAGAAAUGAGGGGACGCAUUUUAACGAAAAAGGAGGAGGUAGAGGUGACAUGUGAGUGAACCGAGAACUGGAAGAUCUGGUGAGCGAGGUGCUCCCCCAAAUGCACUUCCUCCGGAGCCAGGCCCGCUGAGCGUGGCUCGCGCCCAUCAGACCUAAAUGCGGGCGUUGUUAAUGGAAGUGCACGAGAUGUUGACCGUGGAAUUUCUUGCAGGCGGCGUGUACUUUGGAGCAGGCUCAUCAAGGGCAGCUCGAUCAAUCUGGCUCUCUUUCAGGAUAACUUUAUUGCCUGGCUCCUGAGCAGCUGUGUCCUCCUGUUCACUGGGAAAUGCGCGGUGCCCGGCCCCUAAUGCCUAAUAAGUAUUUGCUGAAUGAACAGCUGACUAUUUCUGGAACGGGGAGAGGGAAAGCAAACCCCAUUUGGUACCUUAGUUUCCGUAAAUGACUCGGUCAAACUGACGUGGGAGUCUGAGGUCUGUGUUCCGUGUUUGGCCUCUUGUGAACCGAUGGCUGAGUGCACCAUUAGGGAAGCACGGGGCCAGCGCCCAGCGCCCUGCUCCACGUUUCAGGGCGUGGAGACGGCUGUGUGACCUUGAAUGACUCGGCCAGUCUCUCCGGGCCUCAGGUUCUGCCUGCGCCUGUAAACUGAAAGACCGACCCUGUGUGUUUCCCCCAUUGUGCUCCCCUCCGCAGCUGCUCAGGGUGGGUCUGGGGCGGCACAGCGGGCCCGGUGUCUGUUUUCUCCACGGGGCUUCUCGGAGCUUUCCCUGUGCGUCAUGAAACCGCAAGCAGGAGGCAAUUCUGCAUUGUUUCCCCGAUGUCUUUGACCUUGCGAACCCUUGUUAAAGGUGGACUUCCUUCUUCCUGGCUCCCAGGAGGCUGCAAUGUCAGGGAACACAGCCUGAGAAAUCCCCGUCGACCAGGAAGUCUCUAAAAUACAGCCGUUCCAGAGAGGCUGUGAGAAGCAAAGUCUUUCGUGGGAAUGUUCUAGACCCCAGUUCAGAUAAUCUCUGUGCCAGGAACGAUGAUGGGUCAGGGGAGGACUUUGGAGACCCCUUCUGCAAGAUAUCAUUCUCUAUGGUUAUUUACAGCUACUACGUGCUGGGUGUUCGUCACACGCUCUGGUGUGCUGGAACUUCCCUUCUAGUGGGGGGACAAGCAGAGGCACCCCGCUCUGCUACGGAAUCUGGGGUGUCCCGCCAGGCGGUGAUAGCCGAGAGCCGCUGGCCCAGGAACAAAUCCCGGGGUUACAGCUAGGUGAGUGUAGUGAUGAAGCUACUAUUUAUUUAGGGUGGUCCAGGAGGGCCUCUCGGAAGAGGCGUGAGGAAGAGAGACCCAGAGGAAGAAGCGAGGUCGGAGCAAAGCUUGUGUCCAGGCAGAGGGAAUGGCGUGCGCCAAGGCCCGGGGUGGGGCGGCUUUGGCACGCCCAGGGGAAGAGAAAGGCGGCCUGUGUGGCUGGAGGGCUGUGCGAGGUCGGCGCUGAAAUGGCAGGCUCUCUGCAGACCCCUCCUGUGCCGGGGGGCCCCUCCUGUGCUGGGUGCCCCUCCUGUGCUGGGUGCUGCUUCCACGCCACAUGGCUUAUGCUUGCAGCCCCGGGUGCAGGCAUUCUGAUCGCCCCAUCCCACAGGUGAGGAAAUGGAGGCACCAGGAGGCUCAGUCACCAACCUGGGGUCACAGAGCUCAUGAGGGGCUGAGCCGGACUUGAACCUGGGCAGCCUGGCCAUGGAGUCUUUAAGCUGCCCAGCGGUGGUGAGAGGGGGGCUGCCCUGGCACCCCCAGGCAGCAAGUGCAGAGUGCCUGGGCCAGAAUGUUCCCUGUUCACGGUUUAGCUAGCUGGUUACUGUGGUGUCCCUCUGUCCGCAGGGGAGCCCACCUUCUCUGUGCACCUGCACUGAGCGCUCCUUUGUGGGGAGCACAGGCAGCAGAGGGCCGUGGGCGAGGGCCCGGGUCCUGAGCCCUUCCGUGGUGGCCAAGCGCUGUCCUGAUUCUUGUUGGGUCCGCACAUCAACCUCAGGUGCCAUUAUUUUUCCAUGUUGCAGAUGAGGACAGCGGGGUUCCGCGAGGGUAAGCGGCUUGCCCAGUGUCCCACCACUAGGAGGCGGUGGAAGCAGGGGUUACACCUAGGCCGGUGGUUCUCAGGUGGGGUGAUUUUGGCCCCCAGGGGACAUUUGGCCAUUUUAGGUUGUCACAGCCGAGUGUGGGACGCUCCUGCCAUCUAGUGAGUAGUGGCUGGGGGUGCUGCCAGACGUCCCACGGUGCCCUGAGAGGGCUCGAGCCAGGUGACCGGCGUCCAGGCCCCCGCUGCCUGUCCACAAAGCCACGCUGCCGGGGCUUUGAGACUCCACAGCCCCGCAAGUGAAAACCACGAUGAGAUCCCGCCUCGCGCCUGUCAGGAUGGUGCCCUCAGUAAGCCAACAAGCAAGCGCUGGCGAGGACGCGGAGAAAGGGGACCCUCAUGCACGGUUGGUGGGAACGCAGGUGGGUGCAGCCAGUGUGGAAAGCAGUAUGGGGUUAACCUCAAGAAAUUAAACAUGAAACUGCCUUUUGAGGCAGUGAUUCCACUUCUGGAAAUAUAUCCACAGAAACCUGAAGCGCUAAUUUGAAAGAAUGCAUGUGCCCCUUUGUUCAUCGCGGCAUUAUUUACAAAGCCAAGAUUUGGGAGCAGCCCAAGUAUCCUUCAGCGGAUGAGUGGAUACAAAAUCUGUGGUGUGUUUGCACAAGGGAAUAGGACUCAGCCAUAACAAAGGAGGAAAUCUUACCCUUUGUGGCAGCGUGGACGGACAUGCAGAGCAUUAUGCUAAGUGAAAAAAGCCAGUCAGAGAAAGACAAGUACCAUGUGAUUUCACUCGUAUGUGGAAUCUAAAGAACAAACUGAACUAACAAGCAAACUACAGACAGACUCACUGAUAGACAGCAGGCUGGCCACUGUUGAGGAGGGUGGUGGUGUGGAGGGGUUGAGCAAAAAAGAAAACAGAGAAAGAAUUCACGGACACAGACAACAGUGUGGUAUUUGCUGGAGGGGGGAGGGGGAGAGAAAGGGGGAGGAGGGGUAAAUGGUGAUGGGCAGAGACUUGACCUGAGCGGGCGAGCACACGGCGCAGUGUGCAGAGGACGUGUUGUCGGAUCGUGCACCUGAAACCUGCGUGAUUCUGUGAACUAGUAAAACCCAAACUCCACAGCCCUGAGCUCAGGUGUGAACCCUCCGCGCCCCCUAGUUUUAGUGGAAUGUGGGCACCUCUCUGGCUUUAGUUUUUCCAGCUGAGAAAUGCACACACCAACCCCACAGGUUUGGGCAAAGAUUCAAAGUGAAUAUAACACUGAGGUUAA